AUGCAGGACAGAACUUUCAAGAGCCACCUGAGGGUUACCAGAGAGCAAUUUCACCUACUCUGUGAUCAACUGAGGCAGCAUGGCUUGACAGAUGACAACUCAACAGGAGGUCCAGCCAGAAUCCCUGUGCAGAAAAAAGUGGUGAUGGUGCUCUGGUAUCUGGCAAACCAAAACUGUUUUCGUGAGCUGGCAGAUAAAUUUGAUGUGAGUCAGGGAGCAGCCCAUAAUGUCAUAAUGAAAAUGCUUGACCGAAUCUGUGCCAUUGCAGAACACCACAUUGUCUGGCCAAAUGACUGCCAGAAGGCAGUCCAAGCAGCCUUAUUCAAAAGGCUGUGUGGAAUAGAUGGGAUAGUGGGAGCAAUUGAUGGAUGUCAUAUUAGAAUCCAGCGACCACCUGUUAGGGGGGGGGAUUAUUUAAACAGGAAGGCCUACUAUUCUGUGCUGUUGCAGGGCAUUGUUGACGACCAGGGGAGGUUCAUAGAUAUUUUUGCUGGGCCACCUGGAAGAGUACAUGAUGCACGCAUGCUGAGGCUAUCCCCAUUCUUCGCAGAUCAUGUACAGAAGUUAGGAGACUACAAAUUACUGGGGGAUGGUGCAUACCUUUGCAAUGCCUUCCCCUUCAUUGUCACUCCAAAAAGAGAUAAUGGGGCAUUGGGAGAGGGUGACCUGCGCCGAAAUGGAAUGAUUUGCAGAGGGAGGGUAGUAGUGGAACAGGCAUUUGGCCGCUUGAAGUGCAAGUGGAGACGCCUCCGUGACAUACAAAAUUGUCGCGUGGAUGUGAUCGUGAAAAUAAUUGUAGCAGCUUGUGCACUUCACAAUUUCUGCAUUGGAGAGUCUGAAAUUACAUGUGAUGAGCAUCCCCACGGGUGCCCUCGAGAAGGGGAUGACAAUGAAUAA